AUGGCCGCGGAAGAACAAAUACCCGGCGAUGUUAUUAGCAUGGGGGGAAGCGACAGUGAAGAAGAGAACAGCCAGAUUGGAAAGAGAUCAUUAUCUGAUGUCGAUGGCCCCGACGGCCAGGACGACCAACCCUCUCACACAUCCAAGCGCCCCAAGUUCAGCCGCCCAUCGCUCAGCAGCAAUCCAAGCAAAGCUUCCGAGGAAGGCGAAAUAGAGGAGAGUCUUCCAAAGUCUAUUGGCAGUCAAUCCGGGCAAUCAGGCGGCCAGCCAGCAGCCAAGUCGUUCGUUCCCUCGGACCCGCCGCUGUUUACAACUGACUCUGUCAGCUUGAAGCUGCCGGCGCUGUCGCAGAAGAAGGAGGGUUCCUGGUGCGAACGCGUCUUGGACUGGUCAACCGUUCUGUGCACAAUCAAUUUCAAGUCACUGGCCGACAUCAAGCCCCCAACGAUUGUGUCCGCAUUUUGCCAAUACGUUGACGUGCACAGUGGCCUGAAACCGCCAAAGAAGAGAACGGCCAAGCAGACUGUUCGCGCCAUGGAAGAAUCGGGCCAGAUUGACAACGUCAUCGCAUCCGCAAAGCCACCACCUCCUGCACUGGCAACGAAGGCAGACGACAGCGAAGAGGGCCAAGUCGCCGACUCGCCGGAAUACGAGCCAAGUGAGGCGGCACAGGUGGCGAAUGGCCAGCAGACAAACGGCCACGCAAAUAAUGUUGUUGUUACCGCAACGAAUGGCGACUCGGUUCCCAAAGGAGGACCAACAACGGAGCAACGUCGAUACUUUCCUUCCGCGGAGAAUGCGGCCGACAUGUGUGUUUUGUGUGGCCGCAAAGGCCACGUCUCUGACGCAUGCAGCCACACGAAAUGUAAAUUCUGCGGAGAAACUGGUCACUGGCAAUUUGCCUGCCAAGCCAUCCAGGCUAGAUGCGACAAAUGCCGACAACUUGGCCACGACACUUCAUCCUGCGUGGAAAAGCUGGCCCUCACCAAGGAUGAGGGCUUGGCCUGUGCAUACUGCGGGAUGGAACAUCACCUCGAAGGCGAAUGCACAGAGCCUUGGCGAUCAUUUCACGCCGAAGGUGAUGUCGUGCUGCCUGUAAUUGCUAUCCAGGCAUCCUGUGCGGUGUGUGGCUCACGGAACCAUUUUGCGUCUGACUGUUCGCAAAAGGGCAGUCGACCAUUCAAUCCGUCAUGGACACUACGAAAUCGCGAUCGUUUCAUAGAUCCAAAUUGCGGCAAUGAGUCCAUUGAGGAGGCCGCUAGUGUGCACCUUGGUGCGAAACCAAAGAAGGGCCGCCAGCAGGCCAAGAUGCCACGCGGUCCUCCCUCACGGGCCAUUAAUGUGCACUAUUCGGAGAGCGAUGACUCUGAUAUGGACCUACUCAGCCACAGAGCAGCACCGCGACAGCAACGGCCGCCGCUGGGCCGCAUGCAAAUGUCGACCAACAUCCAGAUGCCUACGCUGGGAGGUAACGCCGUGCAGCCGCCCUUGCCACCAGGCCCUCCUCCACCCCUCCCUCCGUCGGGGUAUCCUCCACCUCCAGGCACAACCAGCUACGGCAGAAACGAGCGCGGGCCACCACCUUCACUGCCUCCGAAGCCGCCAGCUGCGCGGAACAACCGGGGACCUCCGCCUCCUCCGCCCAAGGGAGAUGCACGCCGUGGCGGCUAUAGCCGUGGACGGGGUGGUCCUCCGCGUGGCCGCGGGGGACGCGGAGGUGGAGGUGGAGGCGGAGGUGGCAGAGGACGGGGACGGCGAUGA